UUCAGACAUUGGGGUUUUCUUUUAAUUUUGCAAGAAGGGGAGGAGCAGGGGCUGUGGUUCUGAUUCUCGUGUCGUGAGAGCGUUCUCCUCGAUCUCCAUCGCUUCCCGUCCAUGGCCGUGCCCAGCCAAGCGAGCCUUCUCCUUCAGAAGCAGUUGAAAGAUCUCAUGAAGAAUCCAGUGGAUGGCUUCUCGGCCGGCCUGGUCGACGAUGCCAAUGUCUUUGAGUGGAGCGUCACCAUCAUCGGCCCUCCGGAUACUCUCUACGAUGGAGGCUAUUUCAAUGCAAUCAUGACCUUUCCUGCCAAUUAUCCUAAUAGCCCUCCAUCUGUUCGAUUCACAUCAGAGAUGUGGCACCCGAAUGUUUUCCCGGAUGGACGCGUUUGCAUAUCUAUUCUCCAUCCACCUGGUGAUGAUCCAAGCGGCUAUGAACUUGCGAGUGAACGUUGGACUCCUGUCCAUACGGUUGAGAGCAUAGUUCUGAGCAUUAUCUCAAUGCUUUCAAGUCCUAAUGAUGAAUCUGCUGCAAACAUUGAAGCUGCUAAAGAAUGGAGGGAAGGGAGGGAUGAAUUCAAGAAGAAAGUUUCGCGGAUCGUCAGGCGGUCUCAGGAAAUGCUUUGAGAAUCUGAAAAAUUGCAAGACUGUCCAUUAUCUGCUCUAAUGUCUGGUUCAGCUCUGAUGCUUACCCAAAUCACAGAUCUGGGAAAGACAAAGCCUAGGUUGCUGCUCCUCCAAUGCUAGCUACCCACCCUCGGUCCCUCACCCAGCCUUUGUAACCUACCAAAAUCAUAUCCCUCUCCUUCUCCCUGUUGUGGAUUCUCCAUAAAAAUUACCAGUUUGUUUGUUAUUUUGGGUUUGGUAAGUGUUCAUACAUUGGUAAUGAUCCAUGGGGGUGUGUUUGUUCCGUGUCUGCCGACUGAUGGAUGAAUUAACUUGUUGAUACAUAUAUAUAAUCCCAGUCUGAAUGGGUGCAUGCUCAACUCACUCAUUCAAGCUCUUUAUUUUAUUA